UCAACAGCAAAGGUUGAACCGAAAAGGCGCCUCCGAAGUAUCUCACAGAUCCCCGAAAAUACCAAACAUUGUCCGAGAUACGACGAAAGCCAUAAAAACUUAACAAAUCCGCCAGUUUAGCACAAAAGGUCGCUUAACUUUUAACGACGCGACGGGGUAAUUUUAUUGCCGGAGUCGUGGCACGAUAACAGUGAUAACAAAGUAGCCGCGUUAACCAAAAAGUUUCACACUUUCGGUGCUCGAAAUCAAAGGGCGUAAUCGUAAAACGCGGCCAAGUGUUGCGAUUUAUGAGUUCACAAUCGUAAUUGAAUUUUAUGCGAAAACUUUGGCGAGUUUUCCUUGGGAUUAUUGUGCAAAUAAAACCGAAAAGCAAACAAAAGGUCGAGGGCAUAACGAAAAUUGCCGCCAAAAAAUUGAUACCAAGCUGAUGUACGAAUUUAACUUUCAUCUGUGAACGUGGCCCACUGGAGGAAAGCCCAAUGAAAAGUCUGGUUGCCCCCGAACCAAUUUAGUCGGAGUGGAGCAAGUGAACCCCUGCGGCUAGCCACCAUCCACCAGCCACCCCGAGCCACCCACUCUAGUCAAAUUUAAUAAAAGGACGCACGGAGCUUCUCUGGUGGUGACUCCCCGUCUCUUUCACUCCCACGACCCCUCGUCGAUGUCCUGAAUUGUCCUGGCGGGCUCACGCAGUGCGACAAAAGCCGCCCGCAGCGUUUUUAUAUGCGCACAUAAUUCAGAGCGUCGGCCAGUAACACCCGCUGCCAAAAGUUAAUGCCCAAAAGCGAGGCCGCCACAAUGAUAACCAACAAUAAUUUGGAUUAUGACCAGGCCAGCGCCAGCAGCAAUACAAUGGCAGCAGCAGCAGCAGCAGCGGCAGCGGCAGUGGCAGUAACAUCGACCACAAGCUCGGCGGCAACAUCGGUGGCAAUGAGCAACAGGAACGGGAGCACAAGCAGCAGCAACAACUCAUCGCCCACGGCAGACAAUUCCAACUCGAACUCGAAUGCAAACUCAAAUAUAAAUCCAAAUUCAAAUCAGAACUCAAACUCCAAUUCGAAUUCGUACUUUAAUCGAUUCGAUAAUCGAAUUGCUGCCAAUUUGGCUGCCGUUCUAACCGGAGCAGGAGCUCGUUUUCGAUCCUCGUCCUGCAGUAAUCGUCAGUCAACUGGGUCGCCAAACCCGGCCAUCUUGAGAUCCCCCUUGGCCACUAUAAGCCGUGGUAAGACCAGUCUGGCCACGCCCUCUUCGCCUGCGAGUCUCGGACGCCGCCGCCCACUGCAACUCUUCACGCACGCGAACCUCAAUUGCAAUGACAACGAGAAGGUGGCCCAAACACCGAGCUCUGAUGAGGAUAACUCGCCCACCGAACUAAACAGUUGCAAAAGGCUAGCGGACAAACCUCCUUUGGUGAAACGCUUGACAAUGGGUCUUCUGCGUCACAAUGAAGAAUCACGGCCACUGGUGGGCGACAUGACCCCCUUGAGUGCGCCCCUGGAUAUCCAGCCAGUGUAUUCGAAUGGCUAUAUCAACGAGGACUCAUAUAUCGACAGCAAGUUCGGUGACUCGUGUCGCCAAUCCUUGACAGCCAUUCCAAUGUUAGAUAAUGUGAACCUGAACGACAACAACGAGUUUAACAUGAAGAAGCGGUAUUUGAGGGAGACCAGCAGCGCCAACUCCAGUCCCAAAAUCUUUGCGAAUCGCCUGCGCAUGAACCAGGGAGCCAAUGCCCAGAGAUGCAGUAGCCUGGCCAACGCAUUUGGAAAUGUGGGGGCCGAGGAGGAGGAUCUGGACCUGAAGGAUGCGUGCUGGUACCAGGCGGGCAUUUCCCGGGACAUAGCCGUUGAGGUCCUGCAAAGCAAGAGCCCAGGUGCGUUUCUGGUGCGCAAGAGCAGCUCCAAGCCAGGAUGCUAUGCACUAACGCUGCGCGUACCGUCGCCACCUGGGCCGAAAAUAGCUAACUACAUUAUCCUGAGAUCCCCGAGGGGCUACAAAAUUAAGGGCUUUCGCAAGGAGUUCUCGAGCCUGAAAGCCCUGAUCACCCACCACUCGGUGAUGCCCGAACUCCUGCCCGUCCCGCUGGCCAUGCCCCGUCCCACCAACAUGUCGUCCUCGCGAAGGAACCUCGACGACUUCGAUACCUACGACUCGCUGCAGAUGCUGCUGAAGUAUCUGCGCGCCAAGAACAUGGAGACGGAGCAGCAGCAGUAGCUAAUGGAGGAAAUCGAUCAACUGGUAGCACAAAAUUACAUUUAAGUUCUGGUGCGGCAAAAUAGUUUUGCUUGAAUCGAACCGAUAUACCGAGAAAAUGUGAUACUCUAUGAAAAAGAAAAACACAGUCACUGCAAAUGAAACGCCUAGCUGAUAAAUGGUGAAAGUAUCUAUAGUUUAGUUUAGUUUGGGUUUUUUGUUGUUCCCAGCUUUUUAUUUUGUGCGUUUAGAGCGUAGGAAAGUGUGAAAAUGUGAGUGCAAAGUCAGGGACUUUGCCAAAAACUAAGGAAGUUAAGAAGAUAUCAUCCCCAGCUUUCAAUGUUAACUCAAAUUAGGUGAACAUGUUGUAUUUGUGCUUUCGAAUUUGUGUCAUUGUUAUGCAAAAGGUCAAAGCAUUUAAAUUAUUCAAUUGAUCAGCGAGGAAUGUUUAUUUUUUAAUUUCUUUUAGGCAUUUUCAACUUACAGAAAUAAAUUCAAAAUACAAAUAUAUAUAUCAAGAACGGAAAAACUCUAUGUUAAAUGUUGUUGCUGCUUUCCACUGUUAAGCAUAAAUAAAUAUAUACUAAAUUGAAAUGCAUAUUUUAAAUGUAAGCAAAACAGACACGAGCCGAGAAUCGACCCGAGAAUGUAAAUAAUUCACUACCAUAACAUAAUUGAGUAAAUAAAGUUGUUUAAUUUAUAAUACAAAAAAUUCAAGAGAAACAAUAAAAAAGGAAAACACA